AUGGAAAAAAGAACAUUUGUGAACAAAUUUGAAGGCCUUUUUGUAUUCCCAGCUUACUGCUUAGGUAUUAUAGGCCUGACUGGGCUAGCUGGAGAUACAGCCUCCAGCCUUUUUCAAUGCUACUGGGCGCUUUCAGUAGUAGCUGCAUUUGUGACCAAAGUGGCUAAGAUAGAUAUAAGCUGCAGAUUUGAUUUCAUAUUGUACAAUAUAAUCAAUUGGGUAUUAGUGAUAAUCACCAAACUUUUACUCCCAGAAUGGAGUUUCAUCAAGCUCUUAAUUACAAUAGUGUCAGCUCUGAUCCUUUACAAGCUAGUGAGCACAUCAUUCUACUUUGCGCCGAACCCUACUGGACCAUAUGGUGCUGGAUUUAGAGAUAUUGUGAUAAAAGGAGAAACAACUCCUUCAGUGACGAUAUUCUACCCGAUAGACAUCCAAGAGUACCAGCAAAAUGUGGAAAAUCCCAAUAAAACACCAAAAUAUGUUUUAGAUGGAGAAGACGAGCUAGAGGGUGUUCCAAAACUGAUUCCUAUUCUUCGCCAACUCUUUGAUGGAAAUAUUGUAGAGAGUAUUUCAGAUAAUCCAAUCAUAAGACUUGCACUUAGAGAUGAUGCAUUAUACCAAAUGCGUGCAAUCAAGAGUGGAACUCUUCACAAAGACUUUCAACUUGGCCAUAAAAAGCAAACACCAGUGAUCUUCUCCCAUGGUUUGUGUGGAAGAAGAGCUGAUCAUCAUGCUGCUGGAGUACUUCUAGCCAGCUAUGGUUGCAUUGUAUAUAUUCCAAACCAUACAGAUGGCUCAGCAACUGUAUAUAAAGACCAUAAUGUCACUCCUCCCAGAACUGUGCAUGUCAACAUGUAUGAUCCAGUCACAAACACAGAUAGCAAUGGGGUAAAGUACGAGCAAGAUGAGUUCAGAAGGAAACUCCUGAAUCAUCGAAUCAAAGAUAUUGGUGUCAUACUUGACUACAUUAAGAACGAGUCAAUCAAAGAAUUCAAGCAUAUAGAUCUUGACAAGCUGGCCGCCAUGGGUCAAUCAAUGGGAGGAAUGACAGCUAUCGAGAUGGCUAAAGUCUUUCACAAUGACUUUAAAAUCUGAGCUGUAAAUGAUGCUUACAUAAGAGCCAGAUACAAAGAUAUGUUGGCCAAUGAAGAUUACUAUAUCUCACAGCCUUUGUUGAUGAUUAACUCAGAGAAAUUUGAUUACUCACGCUUUGUAGCUGAGUAUGACCAAAAGACAAUCAGAGAGAAAUUCUUUAACACAUGCAUGAAGAAGAACGGUGGAAUUGGGUAUAAUAUUAGGAUUAAGGACUCAGGCCACUCUUCAAGCAUAGAUGGUACCUUGUUCAAGCCAUAUUUUGGAGAGUUGAUAAAUUCUUGAGGCAAAGCAGAGAAUGUAGGUGAGAGAUGUCAAGAGAUCUACCAUACUUUUAUUGCAUUCCUACAUAAGAACAGCUUCUUGCCUGUGGAGUUCUCAAUGGAGAAAUGAUCCCAUAUUUCUUAAUCAUCACGAAUCAGUCU